AUGACAUUGUUACUCCUGAACUUUUCUGGUAUAAAAGGGUCACCCAAGGAGGAUCUGACAGUAAGUGUGAGGAAUUUGGCAAUAAAACCACCGGUCUGCAGAAAUUUUGGAAAAUCCAAAAUGAUUAGCUCAUUAAAAUUCAGCCUUAUUCUACUUCUAUUGAUUUCUACAAUGCAUGUGUUCUGGUGUUUUCCAGUUCCACCUUCUAAGGUGUCUGGAAAAUCUGAUUACUUUCUCAUCCUGUUGAACAGCUGCCCAACCAGGAUGGACAGGAGCAAGGGACUAGAUUUUCUAAAGCCCAUUUUCGAGAAGACGUUUAUGAAAAGGUCCUUUCGCAAUGGAGUUGGCACAGGGAUGACAAAAACUUCCUUUCAAAGAGCAAAAUCAUGA